UCAUUAAGUCUGGGUGUGGAUGACUCAUUGGAGUAGGGCCCUAUCUUCGCGGCAUAUGCUAUCACAUGGGCCACGUAGUUUUGCUCAUGAGUUGAGUGGAUUAAAUGGGCAAAUGGUCCUGCAAGAUAAUCAGAAGGUGCGUCCCAUGCUUGAAUGAGAAGAUACAUUAAUUUUCAAGAUAUUUUUCUGUCUGUAAAAGUGAAGACCAUACCUAUUGCAUAAAUCGGAACAUCGCCGCCCCCGUGAUAAGCCUCGUUCGUGAUAAUGGUAGCCUGCUGACUCGGAUGAUGGUGACCACUCGGUGCAGUGUAAAAUCACGGACUAAACUCAGGACAGAGUGGUCAGUCCCCGAGAAUCAAGUUCUAUUCGGAAAAAAAAAGAAAGUAGGCGAUUCUCCCCCUCUCCGGUGCGUCAACCCUAAAGAGUGACCGGUGGUAAGUGCCCAUCGGGAAUAUUGUGGGAAAGGAAACCAGUUCACUGCACGGUAAAGAUGCGGACUGUCCGCUAAAGAUGGCAGAAGUCAAGAGAGAAUCAACGCGAAGGUGUAGCAUGUGUGAAACCGGGAGGAGAUGGAGUGCACGGAGAAGCAGAUUGAGUAAACAUAUACAAUAUACAUAGGUAGACGGGGUUCGGUGGCACGAGAGGAUCCUCCACGUGAGGGUGUAUGCUUGCCAUCCUCUGAACGACAUGCGCUCACACCCUCAAAGCGGCGUCUUUUGACUGACUGGAGAAAGAGGUCGACCGAGGAUGCAUCACUUGUUUACAGACUCACCACAAACCACCCGUGGAAACAUUAAGGAUAUCCGGCUACUUCGCUCGACUAAGCAAAUUCUUUUUCAAGGAAUACUCCUACGUUCGAUGCACGAGACUGUACAGAUUCUCUCUUUGGGCAUUUGGGAAAAAGUGGAGCCAGCAAUUCCAGGGAUUCUCGGGGGCGCCUCGAGGCUGGCGUGCGAUGUGUGCACCAGCACCAAGGAGCACUAGGCACUACUCGGGAUGUGGAGUCUGCCUUUCUCAAGACGCCCCCGGAACCGCAGAGUAAAGUAUGGGGGGCUAUACUUCAAGCCACGACGCGUCGCACUGUGUUGUUAUGUGUUGUAAUAGUAAUUAUUUCAUUGAAAAAUUAAUUUCACCGUUCGUAUAAACACACACAAACCUUAACACCGAUUUAACCGUCUGUGUACAAGAGAUACCAUAAAAAAAAACCGAAUAAAUACAACCACAAUAUAAAUAAAGUCUGAAUCAACUCCACGAACAUCAGAAGAAAGAAAAUAACAAUUUGAAUUUUCAUUUGUCGACGUAUUGGAAGCCAAUUUUUUAUUAAAAACCGGAACCAAAUUAAAAUCCUUAUUUCAUCAUCACGGAUCCAUUUUUGUUAUUUACCAAAAUUUAUACAAAAUUGAAACUAAAAAACAAAACGACGAAGUGAUAUCUAAGAAACAAAAAAAAUAGAAACCAAAAAAGAAAAAAAUCUAGAAAAAAAAAAUUAAGAAAAAAAGCCAAAAAAAAGGGAGAGAUUUUAAGCAAGAAAAAAAUUCAAGCAAAUUGCCUUAGAAAAAAAAUAAUCCACGAAAAAUAUACCAUCAAGGAACAAAAAGAGAGGAAACCAAAAAAAAUAAAAAAAAAGUUGAAAAAUAAAAAGUUUUAAAUUUAAAAGAAGAAACCAAAAAAGUAACACUUUAGACGAAGGAAAUAAAUUGUAAAGAUAUGACUAAAGUAUAUUUUUAACAAGUUUUGAGAAACUUUAGAUUUUAAAAGUAAAUUUAAACGAAAAGAAAAACUCAAAAAAAGAAACUCAAGAUUUUAAAUUUAAAUAAAACUUUAAACAAUGAACAAAAAAAAAGCGCUAAAAAAUUCUUUAUAAUCUAAAAAUGUGAUCUAAAAGUCGUUGCUACCAAGAGAGCCUUAUGUCCUUGUUUCAAUUAGUUCGGUUCAUAACCUUCGAGCGGGAGACGCAUUGCAGCGAGAUAUUCCCGCGCAGGAGAGGAAGACUGGACAAAGCGGAAGAAGCUGAAUAAGACGAGAAGAAGAAGAGAAAGUGGGAAAAAGAAGAAAAGUUGUUUUUUUUAAAGAAGCUCACAGUGACGAAGUGGAGUGAAGAGUAAAAAAAAUUUCCGAAGAUAAAAAAAAAAUCAAGGAGAAUCAACAGUGAAAAGAUUUUCUAAUUGUCGGAAAUCAGCGGGGGCGCGAGAAAGAGUUUGACGGGAAAAAGUUCGAAAGAUAAGGUGGAAGAGUGAGCAAGUUAAAAGUGUCGAUUAAAUCUUCAAAAUUUUUACGAAAAUAAAAGUAAAUAAUAAACCGCCAAAAUCAGUCACCAAAUAAUCAACCAAAAUUGAGCUCGAACCCCCCCUGGAGAACGUGAAAGAGCCGCAUACAUAUAUAUUUCAGUGUGUUCAAAAAAAAAAAACGAGUGUACCUAAGUGCAAUAUUAAUUAAAAACUCUUAAAACGAUAAUAAGAAGAAAAAAGUAACCAUCAACAAUCGGUUAAUAUGCGGUUUUAAAAAGAAGCAAACUUAAGAAUCGAAGAUGCUGAGAGACUAGAGUGAGGAAAGUUAGAUGAAGUUAAGUGAAAAAGGAGUAUAGAUAAAGAAAUCCUCUAAGACGCAUAGAGUCGCAUUUCUCGAGAAGGAGUCGUCAACGGACAAUCGUUUAAUAAAAAACGACUUACCGGAGGAAAAGUUAAUCUACGAAAAUUAAAACCAUCCAACAUAACGAAGAUAAGACCGCACAGUUUGAGGAGUGUAUCAUCCUUAAUAAACCAAAAUCAACUGCUUUCGUUCCGAUAUAACUUACACUUAAUGAAUAAUCUACACGCAGUAUUGUCUGCCAUCAUACACACAACAGAACAUAGCACAUAAAACGGGGCAAAAACUCAGGGCAAAACGGAACGAAGCAGCUCUGUCAUCGUUAUUUUAAAAAAAGUCAAGUGGGUGAUCUGAACUCUUUGAAAGUGAAUACUUCGUUGGAAAUCGUACAUCAGAAGAAUUUUCAACAUCAUCUCCUUCGAGCGAGUCGUGUCCGUGGACCUUCAUCUCGUUCACACCGUCCGGGCUGGGCAAUCCUGAAUUUAACCUGAACUUAAGUGUAUGAUAGGUUUUAAGUAGAUAGAAAGAAAUAGGCUGUCCUCACGCCGAGAGGGACAACCACGCGCACAUUCAUUAAUUCCAUAACACGACACAUCACACAAUAGACUAUUAACGAGACGAGACAGUUGUUAAGUUAGGGUGAAAGGGAGAGAGAGAGAAAAACAAACAAUCGAGACAAAUAAGGAGUCUGUACGUGAAGAAAAUAAUCCAGCGUCAUUGGAUCGACUUUUAUCAACCAAUCGUGUGACUGCUAACCUGCUUUGAUGCGCAAAAAAGAUCCAGGUGAGUCAAGGAAGAAGAAGAUUAAGCGGGUGACGUAUGACAACUGACAUUGCGCCCAUUUAAUAACAUCAAAAAUAGCCUAAAUCAUAAGAAAUAAAAAUCUCAUUACGAAGGAAUAGUGAGAGGCAGUCAUAACGACGUGUACAUCAUACCGUGCUUCAAGGGUGGCUGGUUACGGCUACCCAUCAGUGGUGAGUAACGGCGGUUACGCGCCACUACACCAUCGAGCUGGUGCUACUUAACGGUAGGUGUGCCAAAAAGCGGGCAAGCUGCGCCGUAAAGGGGUAGCACGGGCUUCGCGCGAAGGCCUCAAGAUUUCAGACGCGACGGCGGCCCUGGACCUGCGCGCACAGACGCAAGCCCAGCCGGAUUUUGUUGGCCUGGAGCGGCAGCAUCUCCAUCCGCAGCAGCACCAGGUCCAAACAAGUCCGGAAUUACAUCAACAUAAUCAACAACAGUCACAAUUAUCAGUACAACAACAGCAGCAACAGCGUAUACCACUGCACAGUGAGCAUCACACACACCAUCAUCAUUUAUCAAAUCACCAUCAUCCUGGAGAUACGGGGGGUGGGUUAGGUGGUGGUGGUGGUGGUGGUAGUGAUGGUUUAGGUGUUAUUGGUGGUAACGGUGGAGAACAAACGACAAUUGGUGUUGUCGGUGCAGCCGAGGAGGCAAGAAGGCUGCAAGACGACGAGGAAGAUAUUACAGAGAGAGAGGACGAGGAGGAGGACGAGGACCCGAGCUCGCCGGAACCGGACUUGGAGCCGGAUCCCGAGCCCAUGGAGGUCCAAGCAUCCGCUGUAUCCGCAGCAGCGGCUAAUUUACAUGCACUACGACAACACGUAUUUAAAAUGUCGGAUUAUUGGCAACAGCCCCAAAGAGGGCCACCCCAACAUUCACCGGGUAUACAGCAUAGUCCUGUACAAAAUGCCCAAUCCCAAAAUCCACAGGCCCAAAAUCAACAGCAACAUAAUCAACAGGCUUCCAUGCACAGUCCACUUGGACAGGCCCAACAACAGCAGCAGCAACAACAGCAACAACAACAGGGCCAGCAGAACAAUGGCACUGUCGCCCAGAAUUCGAGUUUAGGACAGAAUCAGACGCAACUGCAGCAGCAACAGCAGCACGCAAUAGCAAUGGGCCAACAGACACCACAGGGACAACAUCAGUCCUCAUCAACACCCACAACACCAUCGCCUCAGGGCGAUCAUCAGGGAACGAUAACAGCAAGUAUGGCACAGAGUCUGCAUAAUUUGGCUCAAGCCCAGCAGUCAAUGUCACAAACGUCUAGUCCAUCGUUAGCGGCGCAAGCCGUUCAAGCUGCCCAAGCCCUCAACCCAAAUCUUGGACAAGCUUUGUCUCAGGCACUUACCCAAAAUAUGCAGCAGAAUCUUGGUCAAACAUUGCAGCACAAUCUAGCGCAGAAUCUAACCCCGAGUUUAUCACCGCAACAGCAGCAACAGCUGCUCAAUCAGCCCCAGAAUUUGAGUCAAGCCAACCAGAGUCUCCAGCAAAAUUUGCAGAAUCAGGCGCAGAAUCUAAGUCAAACGCUGCAACAGCAGGCCCAAAAUCUCAGCCAGAAUCUGGGACAAACGUUAAAUCAACAGACAUUACAGCAGCAAGCCCAAAAUCUUAGUCAAAAUCUUCAACAACAGGCGCAAAAUCUUACCCAAAAUCUUCAACAGCAAGCCCUCAGUAUGGCUGGCACAAUGGUACAAAAUGGUCUUGGUGGGAUGAAUGUUCCUGGUAAUCAACAACAGAACUCUCAAAAUUCUAUGCUGAGCCCUGGAGCUGGUAGCCAGGACUCCCACGACGCCACCCUCACCGAGAAACUUGUCAACGAGCUUCAGUCUCGUGCCUCUGCGGCUGGUCUCGGAGGUGCCGGCGGGGGCGGUGGAAUGGCCAACAUCAACGAACGCACCCUCGAGGAAUGCUGGUCCACCCUGCAGCGAUUCUUCUCGCAGAUAUUCAUGCACAAGAGCGCCGCCAUGCAGAGUGCGAUGCAUGCACGUGAUCUUGGGCCUGGUGGACUUGGUGGUAGACCUGGUGUACCGGGCCUCGGUGGUCUCGGUGUUGGCGUUGGUCCUGGUGGUAUGAUAACUGGUAAUGAAGUGAAGCCACAUCAGUGUCAACAGUGUUUAAAAUCAUUCUCGAGUAAUCAUCAGUUGGUCCAGCAUAUAAGGGUUCAUACAGGUGAAAAACCGUACAAAUGCAGCUACUGCGAUAGAAGAUUCAAACAACUCAGCCAUGUACAGCAGCACACGAGACUUCAUACGGGUGAGAGACCAUACAAGUGCCAUUUACCGGACUGCGGUCGUGCAUUCAUACAGCUAUCGAAUUUACAACAACAUCUGAGAAAUCACGAUGCACAGGUUGAACGAGCCAAAAAUCGUCCAUUCCAUUGUAACAUAUGUGGAAAAGGUUUUGCCACUGAAUCGAGUUUGAGGACACAUACGUCGAAGGUCAGUCAUGAGUUGCAACAGCGUGUUGUGUUCCAGCAACACGCCGGCCUCAUCGGCGGCCCAAAUGCUACCAGCUGUCCUGUCUGUCACAAGCUCUUCUUAGGAGGUGAGGCGCUUAUGGAACACAUGAAGAUCACCCACAAGGAUCCAAAUGCCUCUGGUGUUGCCAGCUCUUCUUGGGGUGCUUUAUCCUGCUUGGCAUUGACCUCGACCUUGUGUCGUACUAUUGUUCCCCCUGCUGACUGCACCACCUCCGUUGCCGGGGUUUACCUAGCCAAACGAAGGACGGCCAAUCAUCCUUGUCCAGUUUGUGGAAAGCACUAUGUCAAUGAAGGAAGUCUUAGGAAACAUUUGGCGUGUCAUCCUGAAACUAGUCAACUCAGCACGAAUCUCAGGAUGUGGCCGUGUUCUGUGUGCCAAGCAGUAUACACUCAUGAGAGCGGUUUGCUGAGUCACAUGGAGCAUAUGAGGAUGGAUCCUAAACACCAGUUUGCUGCACAGUAUGUGCUCAGUCGAGCUGCAGCGGAGAGACGGGAGAGAGAACUCUUGGCUAGCUCUAGUUUAGGGGCUGGCCUUGGUGUAUUAUCAGGUCAAGGAGGACCCCAAAAUUUACAACAGCCACCGAUGUGCCCAUCUCCGUCAGCCCAUUCAGACAGCAGUAGUGGUAAUGGAAGAUUAUCGUCAGCCGGUAGUGAACCUGAUUUUUGCGCAGGCACCGGUCUACUGAACAACAACAAUACCAACAAUAAUAACAACAUGACGUCACCGGGACCAAGUGGCAAUAAAUUGAGUGAAAUGCUGAGAACAGGUAGUCAACCGAGUUCAGCGCAGCAAUAUCACGAUGAAAUGCAGUCACAACAACAGCGUAUGGCCGUAAUGGCUGCUGCUGUUCAGGCAGUCGGUUUGCAAAAUUCAGUGUCGCCGAAUCUUUCGCCAGUUGACGUUGCGUCUCUCGCGGCGGCAAUGCGAAUGGGAAACAAUGGGGAUAUGACUGGUAAUGCUCAAGGCUCGACGGGACAACAGCAGCAGAAUGUCCAAUCUGGUGGUCAAGCUGAACAAGCCAUCAGAAUGCACCAGGCUGAGGCCCUCCUGAGGUCCCAAGCCGAAGCCGCCCUCAGACUUGCAGUAUCACAGGCCGCAGCAGCAGCAGCAGCAAGUUCAGCGGUGAACAGUGACAUGAGGCAUCAUCUUGGACAGCACAAUGGUGGUAGUACGUCCGGUAUGUCUGGCCAUCACGGCAAUCAACAGCUGUCACAGCCAGACAGUUUAUCACCGGACUUAGGGGAGGCGCUUAGACUACAGGAGCAACGAUUAGAGCAGGCACUGAGGCUACACGGUGAUCCACGUGCACUUGGCUUCACCCUCCAGCACGUUGUUAAUCAGCAGAACAAUCAGCAACCAUGAAAGUUCAGUUACUACUGAGACGAGUGGACCCCUUGGACAAAUGACAUGUCCUUGCCGCUUGAACGUGAUCAGAUGCAACAAUUGCAUCAGCAAAAUCAAUUGCAUCAACAGAUACAAUUGCAACAACAGCAGAUGCAACAGCAGGAUCAGCAACGUUCAACGCCGAUGGAUGAUCAGCAGCAAAUAACAUCAGUUAUUGCUAACGAUGGUCAGCAUCUUGGGGACAGAGGAGUCAAGAGGAAGGCCGACGACAUGGCGGCCGGUGAGAAUACUCAGAGUUAAUUCUCACAUUUAAACAUACUAUUGACCUAUUGAUUGUCCUUCCACCCUUGUCCAAGUGUGGUCACUAUCGCAUACACUCGCUGUCUCAGCAGUACAAAUUUACAUGAAUAUUCUAUACUUAUUCAUCAAUAUCAUUAAACUGACAAUACAUAACUUGUGAAUAAAAUUGGCUUUUGUCUUCCAUAUUGAAAAGUGAGAAACACAUUUACAUCGCACUGUGUAAUAAAGGAAUGAUCAACUUGAGCCACUUCAGUUCACAAUGAGUCGAUGACAUUUGAUUCAAUCAUCAGAUCUCAAUGACUAUUUAAAUAAUCAUUCAAAUAUUCCAGUCGUCAUACGACUUGACGUUGAACUAUGUCUGUAAUAUUGACAAGCUGGGUAAUCGAUUACCCACUCACGUGCCAUAAUAUUUGUGCAGAAUUCUUAACACCAGGAGAUAUUGGGUAAUCAUCCAAUUUUCUUUUGGUGAAUUGAACCAGGUACUAUAGCCUUAGUACAAGAGUGUUGAGUUAUAACAGCGAUGGAUUUUUCGGUUAUUAAUCUCACGGGCGAUUACACCGAAUUACCAUUCACGACCAACGACUCAAUUUACUGUAAUGCAUGUAUCCAAAAUCAAUGGAAACACUUGAAUUUUUCCAUUAAAACUCCAAAACGGGAUUUAAAUGUUAAUGAUGGAUUAGUUCUUAAAACAUUUCAACUAAAAUGGUGUCAAAACCAGGUGCGCGAAAUCGCGAAUAAACAGUGUAUAAUAAAAAUAACGCGAAGAAAAUCAACAGAUACGUGAAUAAUUCGCGCAAUUUGUCAAUGAUUUAAUAGAUAAAUGUACAGACCGACUUAACUGUAUUUGACGGACGUAUCUUGACUGAGUAUAAGAACGAAAAAACAAAUUUACAAUGUCUCAAAACACUUUGUACACACUAUAAAUAAAUAAUAUACGGUAAUACACUUAUACAUAAUUACACGAUAUGAACAAUGAACGAACAAUUACGCUGAUAGGCGAUUCAUAAGGGUCACCUAUUGGUGUGUGUGCGCAUUGCUGACUAUAUAAAAAUCCCACAAUACAUGAGUGCUCGGCGUGGCACAAAAACUAUUAGUCGAUAAGAAACGAAACAAACAAAUAUUAUUACAAACAGUUAUAUUAUAUAUAUUAUAUAUACAUACGAGAAUCUAAGGUGAAUUUCAAACGAGAGAGGAACACAUACACGCUGUAUAAAUAACAAAAAUAAUUAGUAACAGCGAAAAGAGUGAAGUUUUUUUUUCUUUUCACACGUGAGAUUCAAACACAAUGAUGAAUUCAGAGAGAUAAAAAAAAAAUAAAAAAAACUAAAUGCUAAAUAUUAUAUAUAUGAAAAUAUUAUAAAUAAUUGAAUAUAGGGUCUAUGAAGUUUAGGUUUAAAUAAAUGAAUAAAUAGAAUUUGAAUAAAAUGCGUGCGUGGGGGUGUGCACGAGUGUUUGCGUGGCAAUUUUUUGCUUUUCCUUCGAUAAUAAUUUUUUCCUGGGUCUGAAUUCUAUGUGAAGAAAAAUGCAAAAAAAAAAAUAAUUUAAAAAAGUGCCUGAAUGCGGAUAAAUGUGAAAAUGCGUCGGUGUGAGUGAAUAAUUUUUUCCGUUCAUUCCCACAGAUUUAUAAAUUUGUUUUUUCUUUUGGUCGUAAACUGUCGGAUAUCCCACGCGAAUGCUUGUGCACACAAUUUAAUGAAUGAGAAAUUGAGAGAUUAAAUAAAAAGAAAUAAAAGAUGAGCGUUAAAAUAUGUGAGUGAGAAUUUAGAGUCCUGUGUGCUUGAGGUAAUCUGAGGUCCUGUGAUCGUUAAUAAGCGAAAUAUUUUUUUAUUUCCGAUAAAAAAGAUGAAAAAUAAUAAGAAAAAAAGUGGGUAAACACGUUACACUUUGUGCGUCGUUUCGAAUCUUUUAAAAAAAACCUUUGCAAUAUAAAUAUCGUUACGUUCUCGCAAUAUUAAGCAAAAAAGUUUAAAAGAAAAAAAUACAAGAAGGGAAGACUCGAGUGGGAGAACAAGUUAUAAAAUGAUAAAGACGAAAAAACAAAACGAUUAUGCGAACGAAAAUAUAAAAGUCCGUGAAUUUUUCAAUUUCCGCCGGUGAGGUGGCGCGUACCCUUGCGUUUAGAUAAUGGUAAUUGGUCGUCCGUGCUCUCUCGGUAUUGGGGAACUACUAAAUCGUUGAAAGUGUUAGGCAUUUCAAGUAUUAUGAUCCGUUAAAAUGGACAUCAUAAAGUGCGACAAUAUAAACGGAAAAUUAUCAGUCAAGGGGAGGCCGCGGUGAACCUCUAACGUUGCAGGAACUUUUCUAUUUAAAAAACUGCAAAAAAUUAAUUCCAAACCUUUUAAUCAUAUUUUUACUUCAAUUUUGCUGUCGAUCUAUUGACGAAGGGAAUUCUAAUUCCUUUGAAAUUCCCAUUUUCCGAGUUUUUAAACCCUCUUUAACCCUCCAUUUGGACUCUUGACUUCGACGAUUCCCUGCAACAUUGAAAUUUCACCGCGACCUCCUCUCGAUUUUCGCGAAAAAUUCUUAGAAAAAAAAACUAGAAAUUGCAGAUUGAAGAGUGCGGAAUAAAUGGAAGCGUGCCGAAUUUCGUUCUGCCCUAGGCCCACUCCCCCCCUCCUAAAUUCCCCUCCUCGCAACUUCGAGAAUAAAUCUCUCCUACAAUUAUCUUUCAAACUGAAAAAUCUAGAUCACAACGGAAUGACAAAAUGUCUCGGCCAGCAAUUGGAUAUAAAUAUUUCGGGGAAAUAAAAUAAUUUACGCUUUAUGAAUUUCAAACAUGUUCUCCAAUCGCGCUAAUAAACUGAGGACAAAACGAAAACUACCAAAAGGGAUCGUAUUAGGAAGAUUCAGAACAAAUAAAUCGUCUUUAUUGAUACAUAUAUGAUAACACUCAAGGCUUCUCACUAUCCGAAUGAGAUAAGAAACGCCAAUGGAUUCAUCGUAAAAGCUACAGUUUUGCGUCCAGAUCGAUUUGAUUCAUCAGCUGGGCCUCGAUAAAACGACCAUAUUUUUGUCAAAUUUCCCUGAUCCUGAUGGACUCCCACCACCCAGAGUAUAAAUUAAAAUUAUAAUAACUCUAAUCGAUCUGGAUUGCCUCCGUUUUAUCUUCCCAACGAUUUUUUACGUUACAGCGUGUUUUUCCUACGGAUAAAUUUUUCCUUCUGUUGUCUGAUUAAUGUACAUACACCGCAGGAUGAAAAAAAAAUUACCGCAGAACGAGCAGUUGAACCGCAGUUAAUGCCCAUAAAUCAUAAUGCAAAAUAGGAUUAGGUUUGUCAGUGUAAAUACCUAAAGCGUAUUGAGCGGGUGCAUACCCCCGUUAAUCGCAACCAACGUAAUACUUUUUAAUCGCAAACGAUGAUAAAGAUAUAAUAAAAAAACAUGCAGAAUACCGUGCUUUAUUUGAUCGUUUGUUAUCGAACGGUCCGACAAGCAAUUUUAUCAUUUCAUUAAUUUUUUUACUCUCGACACAGAAACACACACGCACACUAUGAAAUUCAUUAAAUUUACCAAUACGGCAUUGCGAUGGAUUGUACAGAUAGGAUAGAUGUAAGCCUUUAAAGUGAAGAAAAGAAAUAACACACGUUUUUACACACUUUGAGAAAAUGGAAGUGAAAAAUCCACACCAACAUUAUGGGCACGAUAAACUGGCCUUUGCAAUCAGGGUAGGGACCAAUCUGUAUAUGUUGUCGUUUACAUCUAAUAAGUUGGCAGUGAAAAAUUUUAUUUAUGGUACUAGUGACAAUACAGGGACUCUCUCCGUAAAUUUUUCCCGGAAAAAAAUCCCAUCUUGCAUUUUUUAAUACUGAAAUUCCUUUAUGAGAGAAAUGAAAUUGAUUGAAAUUAUUUUUCGAAAAAUCCAGGCGCAAUUCCACGCGGUAAAAAUCGAUAAGAGAAAUUAAUUUGAACGGAAGAAUUCGUCGAGGGAAAAUCCCGGGAAUUUUACAAUGGAAAAAAAACUUGCGCACAAAACUACCUUUUUCUCACAAGUACCAUAAUAUAUCGUACGAUCAAUGUGGAAAAAUGUAUUUUCCUGACGGGUGUGACCCUCACACACGUCAGCAACAACUUUUUUUCACUUGUGUCGAAAUGUACUAUUUCCUUUCAAUAUUUCACGCUUUUUCCUCUCUUCAUUACUUUCCAUUCCCUCUUACGAAGUAUCCAAUGUCCUUCCAACGAAAUUCCAAAGAUAUUUUUUGUGAAAUUUAUUUCGGACGCACCAUAAAAUUACGGAUAAUGAUAAUUCCGUGGUAACGAGGCAAUAAUUUACCGAAAAAUUGUGAUUAUUAUUAUUUCGCGAUUGAGAUGAAUGUGAUUGUGCUAUGAUAUUAUUAUUUUCACGAUGAAUGAACAAUGGGAGGGAACCUUAAGGUCAAUUUGCAUAGGAUAUUCGGAAACAUAAGACAAGAGAUUUUCAAAGGAUGUGUAAUUCAUUGUCUCUGGCUUUUGCAGCCGCUGAGUUGAACUGAUUUUUUUUAGUGGCAAUCCAUAGAGAAUAUAUAAUUCAACUAUUGUUUAUCGGUCCCUGAGAGCAGACGAAAAAAAAAAAUUGAGUAACAAAUAAAUAAACGAACACGUGUUGAAAACACCAUCGACCACAACACCGUGAUUUGAUGAGCAAAAAAAAUGAACAUCUAAAAAACGAAAAUUAGUAACAACAAACAUGAAACAACAGAGAAUAACACCUGCACGCCGUAAAUCCUUCAUGACCACACAAAGCCAUGGAACGAUUGACUGACGACAGAAGUUUAAACCGGUGCAUCCUGCCGUGCGCCGAGGGUCAAUUUUCUGAGGUUUCCAUUGAGAAAAAGAAAAAAGCCCAGAAAAAUAAUACCCCGAGGCGCCGAAGCGUGCUCCGCGAACGUGUACAAUAUUAAUUUUUUUUUAACAAAAAAAAAAGUAACAUUGCAAGAAAAAAUAAAACUCCAAAGACAAGAAAAAAAAAAUUGAAUUGAAUGAAAAUUCACACACACACACAGGUACAAUAGCUCGUAGUGUAUGUUCUGUAAUCGAAGAAAGACAAAAAAAUGAAAAAAAUAAAAAAAAAAUAACGACGCGACGUUGCCGACGCGUCUAAAAAAAUAAAAAAAAUAAAAAAUAAUUUACAAAUAUAUUGAUUUACAUAUGCCCGUAACUCAUAAGGGGGUGAGAGUGGCGCAGUCACUUUGCGGAUUCUCUGGGGAUACGUGAAGGUACAAGGGACUGAAGGAUUAAAAUAUACAACAGUUGAUAUUUCCAUCCGAGCGCUUGAUAAUUUCCCAUUCAUAAAAACAUUAUUGUCUACUGUCGUUCGAUGAUAACUCAACGACGCGCGGGAAAAUCAACCGGGGAUGAAAAAUCAUUUUCACCCUAUCCUUGGAGUCCAAAUGAAAGUGAAAACAAUUCAACGAGUGAAAUAAUAAAUAUAACAGUAACGUAUAUCCGAAGAAUCGCAGUGCAAAGUUAACUUGAAACGACCGCAAAACAUCACCCCGCCAACCAUAAUCUUAAUCUCUUCAUGUAAAUUGCUAAAUGUUUAUAACUAAAAAAAAUUAAUGCCAUAGCCCGGAUGCGCUGGUGUAUACUCCCAGCGCAUACACACUCACAAAUACGACUCGACCUCGAAUUAAACCGAAAGGAUAAAAAAAAAUAAAUCCGCGACUUCAGUUGUUUGUAACCGCGGUAAAAUUGGUAAAACAGAUACCAAGACACCAAAUAAUCAAAAUAUUUUUUAACAAUGAAAAUAUUUAAGAAUACAAAUGAUACAGACAUCUAAAGCGUCAGCUCCAUAAUUGAAAAAAAUAAUAAUAAUACAGAAAGACACAGUUGAAAGGAGAAUUCAAUCAUUCGCGUUUGUUGCCCACUUCGCGAAUGACAUUCUCGAAUAAAAAGCCCUGGUUCUCGGAGUGCGCUCUCCCGUGCGCACUCGGAAACACACUUCUCAUACACGGGGAACAUUGUUUGUCUGGACAUACGUCCAAAUCAUUCCAAUGAUCCUCACAAGAUUUACACACACGCACACAGCACUUUACACUAUGAUAAAAAAAAAUAUACAAUUACACAUUGAUAACACUUAAUUACACAGUUACACACUACGGAUAUGUAAAGCCAAUUGUUUUUGUAAAUUGUCCAAAUAACUUUCGAUAAAUUACGGAUACAUCCAAGUUGAGAGAGAAAAAUUUCAGGAAAAAAAAAGGGAGAGAAAAUUCCAUGAAAUUUCGGCCACCUUAUCACUGUACUUUUUCGUUAGUUCAGGGACGCUACCGCUGCGUGGCGCCACUUGACAAAUUCCAAGUCAAAAAUAAGCGAAAGAAUAUGGAAAAAAAACUAUUGAUAAAUUAAUUACCAUUAAUCGAAUAUACGACGUUUGUGGAUUCGUCGGAAAUUCGCGGCCUUUGGCAUACGUUUGGAUGCAUUGAGAGGAAUUAAAAUCGAGAUUACACGUUAUCGAUUAAUGUGUCACUCGAGUUUGUUGUCCAUGCACCAUUAAACUCACGAUUAUGACGAUAAUAUACACCCGAAUGUGACAAAUAAUUGAGAGCAUGAUGAUUAACGUGAAGCAUGAGGCAAUAACACGCAUAAAAAUAUAAAAAUCUCAUGAAUAAAUAAUGUUUCCAGCUGAUUGUGAUAAUCAUCGUGCUUAUCGAUAAAUUCCGCCAUUACGAAUACACCAAGAAUGAUGGACUUAAGAGCAACGGCUUAGAGAGCCAUUGUUUCAGGCUAAAUAAAUGAUUAAAAAAAAGGCGAACGAAUAUUUAAACAAUGGAAAACAGAUGAAAAUAAGAAAAAAAGUAAUGAUAACAGUGUUUGUUUGUUUUAUCCAACGGGUUUUAAUUUUUUAAUGAAAUAAUCUUACUAUUUGAAUCAGCAUGGCUAUACAAACCAAAAGGACCUCUGUGGAUUAAAAAAAGUGAUAAUCCUGCCGAGCUUUGCCUCCAUUUGUAUACCGUGUGAUUCCGAUGAAGAAUAAAAAAAGAGCAGUGAAAAAAAAAAUAAUAACCGUAAAGUGCGCAGCAUAUAUGAAAACCGACAGUCUAUAGCAGUGCGAGCGUUUCGGCGACUGGACGCGUUUUCACGCGUCCAUUACAGUCUUGACCGAGCCUCCGUGAUUAAAAACCGGAAUAAGUUGUUUAAAUGUCCACUAUAUAAUCAAGAGUCAUAGUUGUUAAGGCGGUGAGCUCAAACUUCGUGAAAUCUGAUGUCAUUUCAAAUUAAUCAUGAAUUAUCGUGGAAAAAAACAGUGAAGAAUUGAGAUUUGAGGUUAUGCAGUGAGACGGUGACCAGUAGAAUUAACGAUGUUUGAAGCUAUCAUUGAGGUUAGAUCUCACCGCGAGGCCCACAGAUGGAGCUACCGAUCAAUGCCCAGACAAUGAUGAUGGCGGCUCCAUAUGGCAAGGGCCCUUGAUUUUUUCGAAAUAUUCUCCAGAGCUUUUGUUCACGGGAAUAUGUUGAUUUUUUCACCCACAACCCAAUGACCCCAAAAUGGCUUCCGAGCCAUUAGUCCUGCGCAUGCGUGUCCGAGGUGCUUAAGACCGGGUCCAAAGAGGAAAAUUUAUUGUCGAAAUUUUUUUGGAAAUUAACGACAAGUCAAGGAGUCAAAAUGACAAUAAAAUAUUGUAUAACUUCGCUUCAGAUCGCGGUUUGGCGGUAGAUUUGAGAGUUAGUUCUCUUAUUUUUUGGAAUAACGUCAUUGAUGAUGAUAAAGUACCACUAAGUGAGUGCCUCCGUAAGGGUUAAUAAUGGUUUUUUUCCGUUACAGUGAACAAUCUUCAAUUUAACUCAGAAAUAUAAACUCAGCAAAGUAGUAGAAACAAAUGCAUACAAUAGUAGAACAGUAAUUAAACAAAUGAUGUACCACAAUUAAAGUUAGCCAGUUAAGUAAGGAAGAAAAAGAACAAAGUAAUCAACCAGAGAUGAUAUACUCAAUGUUGUCUUUUUUCCGCUCGUCGUGUGCCGCUUAGUUUCAUUACUUUGUGCCAAAAUAACAACCAUCUUCCGAUAGUUUUGCCAGCAAAAUCAUUCCCUAUUGUUUCAAUCUUACAUUAAAAGUAACUCAAAUUCCAGAAUAAAGUAAAUUGACAUUUUUCUUCAUACAAAAAAAAAAAUACGAGCGGAAAUUCUCCCAAUUGUACCAAUAAAGAUAAAUGUAUUGAGUGUUCGUAGUGAUUUAGAUUUUAUGCAGGCAAAGUAAUUAAAUGCAGUCGUAAUACUCAAUUUAACUCAGCAAAUAAGGAAUUAUGAAGAAUAAUUGAUACAUUAACAGAUAAUUUGACAAAAAUCCUUCUCAAUCGUCAUCUCAGAAUAAUUCUUCCCAUAAUCUCCCGGUCCCUAACCACUUCGCCAUGUCAAGUUUUCAGGAAAAUCAAUAUUUAAACUUUAAUAUUAAAAAAAAACCAUCAGUGAGAGUAAUCCUUACAGAAUCGCAUAAACCACAGCAGACAAACAUAUAAUUAAUAAACGUUUAUCCGGAUUAGAUUUAAGAUUAAGCAGCAAAUCAUGACGCACCAAUGGCAGUCAUGUACCGUCGUUUUUAAUACGCAGAGGCACACACUAGAGGGCAGUAAGUGACUCGGGACUCGGAUACGAAUCGUCAGGACGUCGUACGUUCGACGGGCGUUCAGGAAUCAAAAAAAAAAAUCCUGAGACACUGAGACCGUUCAUUCUGAUUAAAGAAUUUUUAGAGGUCGCAUGAGAGCCUCGUGCUACGGUCCGACAUCUUGUGAUGACGGUCGUGACACGAGAUCUCACCUUGAAAUGAUAAAUCAAAGAUGGCGGCGAUAGUGUGCGUCCGGCGAACGUACGGACACAUCCCCAAUCCCUCAAUAUCCCAGGAAAAAUUUUUCAUUAGUAAUUUCAAGUGCAUAAAAGAACAAUACUUGAGUUCACUUCACUUAUGACAUUUGCUUUCAACACAAUACAAACUUCCCCCUACCCUCUGCCCCCCACCACAAAAUACCCAGCAAAAAAAGUUAAUGAAUACAAAUAUCCCCUGCAGAGAAUAAAAAUUCAUUAAAAAAUUGUAUUGAAAGAAAAGGAAAAAAGCUCAAGGAAGUCCCUCACCCCCCACUUCAACUAAAUUUCACAUACGCGUUUGUUCAAGUUCGUUCGCGAGGUUCCAAGGAAUUUUUUUUGUUGAGAGAACUGACGCCAGAUGUCACUCAUCUGCAUUUCCGUAUUCAUGGAUUAUUCAUCGUGAAACAUUGAAAAUUACAACUAAAUUAUUUGAGACUAAUUUUUCAACGAUGAGGACCUCUUUCAGGCUUUCGAAAGUCGACAUUUGGAAUGAAAAUUUUUCAAAAUAGAUGAGUGACGCCUGUCAGUGUUCUCUGAUAAACGGCGAACGUUAAGUUUCAGACUUCAGACUUUUACGUACAGUUAGUUACCAGUUUACUACAGCGCAAGUUAUUGUUAAUUUUUGAUCAGUGUCAUUCGUCUUGGAUGAAGGAAAACAAUUCAUCCGAUCCGAUUGACAUUGUGGUUAAUGAUAUUUAUUGAGUUUGGUCAAAGUCCCCUUUUGGGCAUACAUACCGACGCAUUGUGAGUCCCCCUGGUGACGUCAACGAUCCCAUCGGUUCCAUAACCUGAAAACAAAAAGUAAUCAUCCGUGAAUUUUUCGAGAGGUCAGAGCCAUGAAACUGAAAUUUUAUUCUAGUCAAAAAAAAAAGAAGGUACAAAGCCAGAUGAGCAUAAAUCGGUACUUAUUUUCAAAAUGGCGGAGAACUGAGGGAAAAAAAUUGAUAGAAAUAAACGGAUGAAGAUCCAGAGCAACAAAUUUAACCAUCUGAAGAAAAGAAAAAGGUUAUGUCACCCCAAGAUGGCGGCCAAAUGGGACCAUUCAUUGAGAGUAAAAAUGAAUUGAAGAACCGCGUUGACAACACAAAAUAGCCUCUUUUACGUUUCGUCGUUCUCGAGCCGUUGAAUGAAAGAAUUCGACAAAUCGAUUCUUUUGAAGAGAAAACUUAAAAAAAAUAUGGAUUUGAAAUAAUGACAUACUUUGAAGAAACGGAUGUACGGUGCGAAUGAAUCUUUGAAAAAUAAACUUCGGUUGUCCUUUGUUUUUAUUGAGCGUACAAUUGACGAGACGCUAGCCCCCCGAAGACGCGGACAUCGCUGGCCACGCAGAUAUCGCUCGACGCGACAUCUGCCGGCUGAACAACAAGAUGAACAACAGAACCGUUUGAUGGUCCGCGAUAUUCACGCCUGUCGAAUCAACUGAGGUCCGUUGACCUGCGAUAUACAAUGAUUAUACACGAAGAAAUAUUACACUGACAAUUGAAGGCGUAUUUUCUAGACAGUGAAAAUAAAUAAAUGGCCAUAACCUGAAACCGAAACAAGUCUGUGAAAUCAGCAUCACAUACUCUGAUAUUUCUCCUACAUCACCCCUUCUUCGUUUACAAUAAAAAAAAAAAACAAAUACAUUACACAUAUAUUGACACAUUAAUAUACGCGAACAAAAUUCUACGUCUAUUUUUUUUUGUUAGAUCACUUAAGUAAGACUUGUUCGAAUGAUUUUCACACACUCCCGAACCCCUCCGAAUAUUCUUAUCUCGUAACUAUUGUUAAAACGUUUCCACUAAAUUAAAAAAAUCCAUGAUAAACACGCGAACCGUUAAUAGUAAUAACUAAAUCAUAAAACCCGGAAAAAAUUGAUUCACCACCAUAAACCCGAAUGCUUAAAAAUUAAUUAUUGAAUUAGUACUACGUAGUUGGAGUUGAAGCAGUGGGAGUUUGCAACUUGUCAUUAAUUAAGCGUUCAUUGCAUAAUUAAAGAAUGAAAAAUACUCUUCACUUAUGUUUAAUUUAAAAAAUUGCAUUUGCAACUGCCUCCACCGCCGAUAGUCCAGAAAAUGGGACCUGUCGAGGGUUGAUUUGAAUAAAAUUAACGCCGUUGACAAUCGCCGGAUGGACUUAACGUUAUGUUUGCUAGUCACAAUUGGUUUAUAAAAACAACAACAAAACGAUGAAGCAAGCUAGAUUAAAGCAUAAAUAUUUUUGUUUUAUUAUCUAAUUUGUAGUUUAUAAUGUUGCUCCGAAUUUUAAUAAUUCCACGGAAGGCAACUGUCUAUUAGUUACUAUUUCUUCAGCAUUUUAUUUUGUUUCAGUAGAGUGAAUGCUAAAAUAAUAAGAAUCGAUAACAUUCGUUUUUUUUUAUUAUUGUGUGAAAUGUGUUGAGAAAAUGGCGCAGCCACCUCUGCUGCUACUACUACUACGACUACUAGUAAUUUUACCACUAAAGGAAAACGUAAUUUUUAUCGACUAAGGAAAGAAAAACUAGAUUUAUCCUAGAUUAUUAAUUUCAUUAUCACUAUGAUUGUCAUUAUUAUAUUUAUAGAAAACAAAGCCCCGUGUUGUCUUCUACGUAUUUGUUCGCGUGUGUUUAUUUUUUCCUUAUUAUUAUUUUUUCUGUUAUUGGAUGUGAUAAUAUCUAGUUUCGUGUGUCUUCUCGAGGGAAGAUUGAAAUUUAAACAAUUGUGCAAAAUGUCAAAUCUUUAAAAUACGCUGGACAUUGUCACACGAAAUUUAACACGUGCAUUUAUAUUGGAGGAUGAUGAUGCCAAUUAUUGUUAAUUAUUACGUUUUAUUUUGAAUAAUUCAGUUUAAUUUUGAAUAUUGGAAAAUAUAUUUUUUUGAGAAACAGGAAAAAUAAAUUUUCUGGGUGAAUAUAAAUAAUGAUAAAUAACUCAUGGUGAAAAAUUAUUGAAUAAAUUCCGAUUAAUGACCACUACUAGUUACUCAGUUAAACUUAGUUCAUAAAAAAUUUUUUGGAGAGCUAUUAUUGUCUAUAAAAUAGUUAAUCGGUAUUCUCUAAUUUCUCCAAUUCUCUUUGUCUUUAAACUGAUUCAAGCAUUUUUCGUAAUAAGAUUGUUAUCAAGUGUUUCGAAAUAGCAUGAUUUGUACAAUUAGAGUAAUAUUGUUGACUGUUAAUGUAAAAAAUGAAUGAAAAAAGUAACAAAACAACAAAUAAAACGUAUAUUGUGACAAUUUGUCACGUGAAUGUGCAAUUUCGAAUCAAUUGAUUGCAAAAGAUAUUGGAAAAAUUUGCUAAAGUCAUUGUUUCGUAUGUAUCCUUCGGUUACGAUUGAGUUCACGUAUUGACAUGAUGCUAUGAUUUAAUAUGCAAUAUUAUCACGAUCCAGUUAUGGAUGCCGAACAAAAAUAUUUCGAGUAAGAAGAGUUGAAGACUUUUAUGUACACGUGCAAAAAAAAUUGUGGAAAACCUCCUGGCAGUUCGGUUUGAAAAACAUUAAAUAUUAAAUAUUUUUGGACAGUUCAAUCUAUUGAGGUAUUUUCUAGAGAAUUUCCGAAGCUCAAAUCUUCUAAUUUUCUUUUAUUCAAUUUUCUUAUCGAAAAGAGGACAAAAGUUAUAUCUAGUGAAGUAGCUAAUUAAGUAAUUACGAUGAAUUGAUUGAUUCAAUCAAUGUAGUGAAUUAAUUAGGUAGAAAUCCAAUAGAUUUUUUACUGUGCUGGGCAGAUAUUUCCACGAAUUUUUUUUGCACAUGUAUUUUUAUUUUAUUCGAUUAAACGAACUUCUGUAAAUUUUACAACCCUUGGACUGAUUGAAAUUCAUACAGUUCGGAGCGCAUAAUAUUGAAUUUUGUAAAUAGGUACUUUCAAAAAGGAAUGACAACUGAAAAUUGUUGAAAAAUCACGACAAGAGGACUUUUACGAGAACUAGGCAAAUGUUUAGGCUAACCUCAACCAAUCAUUACUGAAAUUUAAGAAGAGAGAGUGUUUCGAGUGAGAGAUUUUUUUCCAGGAACAAAAAGAAAAAAUCCAACGGUAAUUGUGUAGAAUUAGACUAAGGAGAGCGAUUACGAAAGAAAUAAAAAUUCACAAAGAAUGGUCUUUUGAGCUUCCAAGUUUAUCCAAAUGGGGGCGUCAUCUUAUCUGCUGCCAAAUUCACGUCUUUUAAACAGCUUAUAAUUCUUUUGAUAUUUGGUGAAUGGUGAAAAAAAUUAUUAAUUGUACAGAUGAAAAUUAUUAAAAUUGUCUCGAGAUGCUGAAAAUAAAAUAUUCGAUAUCUUGUAAAUAAGAGUGGCAAUUUACCUAAAUGGAGAGAAAAAUAAAAUGUAGAAAUUAAGGUUUUGAUGCGUCUCGAGAUAGUGAGGAAAGUGACGCCAUCCUUGGACUGACUUUUUGCUCUGUAUUAAAAUUAAGAUUUUAGAAAUAAAAUUGAAAGGGGAGUGUUUAAAACUGUGAAUGGAGUUUUUUCGAGAAUUUAAAAUUAUUGAAUGUGUGGAAUUAUCAAAUGAAAAAUGAUGUGAAAAAUUUUUUCGGUGAUUGCGUGAGGUAUGAGAGGAACAAAAUUUUAUUACCAAGUGGACUAGAAAUCGCAAUCGAUGGGCAUUAUUAAAUGAAACAAAAAAAAAAACAUACAUUUCGGAGCAUCUUUUUGAAUGAUAAAAAUAUGGUAAAAAUAUCCAAAAAGAGCGUCCAAAAUUGUACCUAUUUUAAUUUUACAAAUGAUUACGAGUUGAUAUUUAUGCGACGACGACCCAAUGAUUUAUUACAAGAAACAAAAAAAUGUAAUAUUAAAAAUAAACAGUUAAUUUCACUGUCAUAUAAUUGUAAAGCGAAAAAAAUAAUAAUUGAGGAGGGGAUGAAAAAUCGUAACAAAAUUAUGGCGUUGUAUCUAUAUACGGAAGUGAUGAUAUAAUGUAUUUGAGUCGUGAUUAUGUAUAGUUAAGGCUUAAGUCGAUAAGUGUGAAAAAAACACUGAAAUACACACACACGAGAAAAUUAACAUUUUAGGCAAAAAAAAUGCAAAAAUUAAUUAUCGGUAACUAUUAAUCUGGGAGGGAUGGUUCUCCCGGUAUAAUCAUUGUACAUUGUAUGUUGACAGGAGCGUUUCCCCUAUGAAGAAUCUUUUUUCCUGAAGAUGUUUAAAUGAAAAUUAACUAUACGAAAAACUGAUGGGAAAAUGACAGGAACAAUGGGAAAAGGGAAUCGAUGACUUUAUUCGGACUACUUUGGAGUUUCUUUCGCAUGAAAAAAAAAUUCAAUUUCACGGACGAAAAUCUAGGAGAGAAAAAUUAUUAAUGAAGAUACUCAACAUAUCGGGGAAUAAAAAUAACCAAAUGACAUGUAUUAAAAUUCCACUCGCCAGAGUUCCUCUUCUCCAUUUUUCUUGUUCUUUCUGUCUAAAAAAACAUUUCACGAGAAAAAAAAGCAAAAAAUCUGAAAAAUCCACUAUCAAUUUUCCCCUCCUUCCCCUAUAUGAAUGAAUGGAUUUGCAAGGGAAAAAUAUGAAUCCACCAAAAAAAGCUGUAAGAGGGAAAAAAAAAUAUCAUCGAUUUGUAAAAGAACGACUAAAAGUGAAUUAUUCGUCGGACUGUAGGGACAUUUUUGCAUUAAUUGUGUAAACACGAGAACAUUUAUGAUGUAAAAGGUAUUUAAAUAAAAAGAAAAAAAGUAAAAUAAAAAAAACAA